AUGACCCGAUUCCCUCAAUCGAUCAUGCGUCAUUUGGAGCGGAUUGGGUCGGACCACAGACCCAUUCUUCUUCUGAGGGGCCAGUCGCCUAAAGGAAGCUCGGGGCCGAAACCAUUUCGUUUCAUGGCUGCAUGGAUGGUGCAUAAUGAUUUUGGACGUGUCCUUUCAACUAGUUGGGAACGGGGUCAUACGUUCCCUGUUUCUUCUGAGGUGCUCACAGGCGAACUCACCAAUUGGAAUAAGGUGACGUUUGGACAUAUCCUUCAUCGCAAGAGGAAGCUAGCUCGUCGGUUGAGGGUACUGGAAGCGGCAAAUGAGAGAGUAGGCUCGGUGGCCUCCCGGGAAGAGGAAAGUGCAGUGCGAAAGGAGAUGGAGACUACUCUCUGUCAAGAGCAUAUAAUGUUCUUUCAGAAGUCAAGGGCUCAAUGGGUGGUUCACGGUGAUAAAAAUUCCCGGUUCAAUCAUCUCUCAACGCUGAAGAGGAGAAGUUUUAACAGGAUCCGAGGGCGGAGGAACAACCAAGGACUGUGGGUAUUCGAGGAAGUUGAGCUGUGUAAAAUGGCGAGGGACUUCUAUGUGGUGCUGUACCAGGAAGAGGAGGGACCACGUCCAAGCUUGCCGGGUACUUUCCCGAAGCUGCGGCAGGGUAGUAGGGAUGGCCUACAGAGAUCUAUUUCUCGGGAGGAGACGUGGGUGGCGGUCAAGAGCAUGGGAGGGUUCAAUGCUCGCGAAAAGAUGGCUAUCCUCCUUUGUUUUACCAGAAAUGCUGGAGUGUGGUAG